AUGCCAAAGGCCGCCAAGCAGAAGAAGGGCGGAGGGCCCAGCGGCCCCUACGAUCGCAAGUCGAAGCCCGCCGCCAGCACCAACAUCUUCAAGUUCGACAAGGACUAUGGCCAGCAUAUUCUCAAGAACCCCGGCAUCAGCGACGCCAUUGUCGAAAAGGCCUACCUCAAGCCCACCGAUGUCGUCGUCGAAAUCGGUCCUGGUACUGGUAACAUCACCGUCCGCGCCCUGGAAAAGGCAAAGAAGGUCAUUGCCAUCGAUAUCGACCCCCGCAUGGGCGCCGAAGUAACCAAGCGCGUCCAAGGCACCCCCCUGGCCAAAAAGCUCGAAGUCAUCCUCGGUGACGUGAUCAAAAUGCCCGAAAUGCCCCCCUGCGACGCCCUCAUCUCCAACACACCCUACCAAAUCUCCUCUCCUCUGAUCUUCAAGAUGCUCGCCAUGCCCAACCCCCCCCGCGUGGCGGUCCUCAUGUUCCAGCGCGAGUUCGCCAAACGCCUCGUCGCCAAACCCGGCGACGCGCUCUACUCCCGUCUGUCGGUCAAUGUCAACUUUUGGGCCACCUGCAAGCACAUCAUGAAGGUGGGGAAACAAAACUUUAAGCCGCCUCCCAAGGUGGAGAGUGACGUUGUUAGGAUUGAGCCGUUGAUUGGGUCGGCGAGGCCGAAUAUUGCUUUUGAUGAGUUUGAUGGGCUGUUGAGGAUUGCGUUCAACAGGAAGAACAAGACGUUGAAAGCGUCGUUUGCGAUCAAGGAGGUUUUGGCCAUGUGUGAGAGGAAUUACAAGGUGUAUUGCUCUUUGAAUAAUAUUCCUGUUGAUAAAGGGGUUGCUGCUGCGGGGACGGGGGCGGUGGUGGGGGAGGAAGAGGGGAUGGAUGUUGAUAUGGAUGAUGAUGGGGCGGAUGGGGAUGAUAAUGAGGAGGAGGAGGACGAUGAUAACGGGAUGGAUGUGGAAGACGAUGAGGAUAUGCCCGAGUUUUUCAAGGAGAUGAAGGACGAGGAGGACAAGGCCGUCGCUGCCAAAACGCCGAGCAGGAACCCCAAGUCAAAUGUUGCGGUGGUUGUCAAGGCCAAGGUCAACAAGGUGCUUGCGAGCACAGGGCUGGGGGAGAAGAGAGCGAGGCAGUGCGAUCAGAACGACUUUUUGAAGCUAUUGGUGGCGUUCCACGAGGAGGGUAUUCAUUUCUCCUAG